UAGGUGGCAACUCUAAUGAAAAGGGAAAAAUAAAUAAGUGACGUGCCACCAAUAAGUGGCCGGCCACAACAGCAGGGUUUUGUUUUGUUCGUCUUAAGCGGACUGCGGAAUGGGGAUCAACGUCAGCAGGACGGCCGACCUGGGGUCAAACGAGUGGCUCCUGCGGUUUGUGGGUCGACAGCACAUCGCCCCAGAUGAUGAGGCCUUCUGGAACGGACUACUCAACUACAACAUCGUACUGCCGGAGAACAGCCAGGAUCAAUUGAACCUAGAUAGCCGGUUGGAGUCGCUAUGCCAGUCGUUCAUCGGCAACAAUUUGAAGACUGGGAACUUUGGCUCUCUGGUCGCUGUUUUCCUGGAGAAGACCAGCGAACUCCUGUCAUUGUCGGACCAGGAGAGCAACAUGCAUGUCUGGCAGACAUUCAACGCACUCUUUAUCAUCCGCACCCUGGUAAAAUACAUAAACGAAACAGGAUCAGAGUUCCAGUUGCUUCAGCACUUUGAGGCUCUGCCCAGUGCCGAGCUGCUCCAGGCAGCAGUGGAGCGGCAACAGCAGACGCCGGCGGAGAAUGCCAGCAUUGCCAUCGAAGCGACAGAGCAAACGGCGCCAGUGCCCGUCAUCGUGGACGGGUCCAAGUUUGAGACCUUCAUCGACGCGCUGGUCAACCUGAUCGUCGUGAUUCCCGUGAAGGAGUUCACUUACCAUCUGCACCUGGAGGCGGUCAACAUGCUGAUCACGCUGCUAUCGGUGCACUUGUUCGCCCAGCAACCCACUGACAAGUCGAUUGUGUUCCGUACGGUGUUUAAGUGCCAGCACGCCAAUGUUUUGAUGUCGGCUCUAUUGCACUUUGUGGCGCGGAUGGUGGAAGUUCCGCACACCAUGUUCGGGUCCAGUUCUGCCGGCUCUUUUGUAUUUGGCAUUGCUGAGUCCCUGCUUUCCAUCUUCUCGUUCCGAAAGCAGCAGGAUGCUCUGAAAUCGGGACAAGCCACUGGCGGAGAACUUUCACAGCGCUUCCGAACGCUCUACCCUCUGGCCAACCAGAGCCUACUGCUAAUUCUUAUCCUAACAAAUCACUAUACAGCGCAGGAAAACGCUUACAGAGCCAGUUUGUUUGGCUGCGCCGAUUCCAAGGACUCGCCCAAACAGGGCACUGGCGCUGGUGCGGUCUCCUUCCAAAUCGACUUCUCGGCGGUCUAUGAGACGUUAUGCCUAAUCGUCACCAUUGACCAGGCUACGUUGCUCCUUUACUUGCUUCUGCAUCGCAACGAACGUUUCUACCGAUUCGUCAUGCAGCAACAGAACCUGGAACAGCUUGUCAUACCCAUCCUGCAGACCCUGUACAACGCCCCAGACAGCAACUCGCAUCAUAUUUAUAUGUCGCUGAUUGUGCUACUAAUUCUCAGUGAGGACGAAGGCUUUAACAAGAACGUGCACACGAUUAUGCUUAAGAACAUCACGUGGUAUACGGAACGCACCAUUUCGGAGAUAUCACUGGGUGGUAUCCUGAUCCUGAUCGUCAUCCGCACCAUACAGUACAAUAUGCUGAAGAUGCGGGAUAAGUAUUUGCACACCAAUUGCCUGGCGGCGCUUGCAAAUAUGUCUGGACACUUCCGAGCCUUGCAUCCGUAUGUGGCGCAGCGGCUGGUCUCUCUUUUUGAAACUCUGGCCCGCAAGCAUUCGCGCUUGGAUGCCCAAUUGAAGCAGCCAGCCGACAGUGCCGUGUUUGUUAAUGUAGCAACAACGCCAGAGGACAUGCUGCAGGAUCUGAGUGUGCUGGAGGAAGUGCUGCGUAUGGUUCUUGAAAUCCUAAACUCCUGCCUCACUAACCAACUGGUCUACUGCCCCAAUUUGGUCUAUACACUCCUGUAUAAACGAAGUGUCUUUGAGGGCUUCCGUAGCCACCAUGCCUUCCAGGAUGUCAUCCAAAACAUCGAUAUGGUGGUUGGAUUCUUUUCUUCGCGACUGCAACGCGUCCAAGAGCAACGAGGUGAACUUGGAGUCAACGAAGUGCUGGAGGUGAUAUCAAAAGGUGCCAGCCAAUGGUCCAGCGAUCGUUUGAGGAAGUUCCCGGACCUUAAGUUUAAGUACGUCGAGGAGGACGCGCCCGAGGAGUUCUUCAUUCCAUAUGUGUGGACGCUGGUCUGCAAGUACGGCUGCGUGCACUUCAGCUCCGAGAGCAUAAAGAGCGUAACCACGGACAUUGCCUGCUAAUAUUUACCCCACGCUCCUUUCCGCGAAACACGCGCGCACACUCGGCUUCGCUUCCAUCGUCGUUCGAUGCUUCGCUGUCUGUGUUCCGUGCAGGACUCUCUGAUCUGUAUGUGUCUAUCAAUCCUCUAACUGAAGCCAAAAUAUGUCGAAAUUAAAAAUCAAAAAUAAUAGCAAGAAAGCCCUUAUGGCGCUUACUAGAGGCAUUCGCAUCUCGAACGUUGACGAUAAAUUGAAAGAAACAAAGCAAACGAGCGGACUAACGAUAAUACAUAGUUCUAGUUACGCUAAUACUAUUGAUUAUGUUUAUAUGCAAUCUAUUUGGAAUACGUUCAAGUUAAAACAUAGCCUAAUCCUUAACACCAGAACAUAUUUUGCUACGCUAACGACAGAAAACAUAUUUAAUUGAAAGUUUAGCUCCGAACGCCUAUCAAUCGUUUGUUCUAUUCAACGGAAAGUUGCAAACCCAAUAAAAUGUGUGUAUACAUAUGGAGAAUCGGAAUAUAUAUGCAUAGAUAUAUUUACAUUGUGUAUUUUAGUCUAUGAUAAUUAUAUACAUAUUAUUAUAUAUUUAGCAAUUGAAAAAGUCGAUAAAUUAUAUAUUAACAAAGUUA